GAUGUGGACACCAGACCUAUAUGUAUAGUUUCUCAAAGGAAACCCCAAGAGCCUGAACUACUCCAUCAUCGUCUCCGUCACGAUUCCCUACCUCUUCACAUCUCUCAAACAUUUCUCACCGCCGAUCUUGUCUUUACAACCAUGCCGAUCAGAGCGAUCGCCGUAGGAAGACCGGAGGAGGAAACCCACCCGGACACUCUUAAGGCAGCGUUGGCCGAGUUCAUUUCAACCCUAAUUUUCGUGUUCGCCGGUGAAGGUUCCGGCAUGGCUUUUAGCAAGCUUACUGGCGGUGGCCCAACCACCCCUGCCGGCCUUAUCGCCGCCGCGCUAGCUCAUGCUUUUGCGCUGUUUGUGGCGGUCUCCGUCGCCGCCAACAUCUCCGGCGGGCACGUUAACCCUGCUGUAACUUUUGGUGCCUUUGUUGGAGGCAACAUUAGCCUACUGCGUAGUGUUUUGUACUGGAUUGCACAGUUGCUUGGUUCAGCUGUGGCUUGCUGGCUUCUGGAGUUAGCCACCGGAGGCUUGACCACUGCCGGCUUUUCAUUGUCUGCUGGGGUGAGCGUAUGGAACGCAUUUGUAUUUGAGAUUGUGAUGACCUUUGGUCUAGUCUAUACGGUGUACGCGACCGCAGUGGAUCCCAAGAAGGGCAGUUUGGGAACUAUAGCACCAAUAGCGAUCGGUUUCAUCGUUGGUGCUAAUAUUCUGGCUGGCGGGGCCUUCACUGGGGCCUCAAUGAACCCAGCCGUGUCGUUUGGGCCCGCUUUGGUUAGCUGGAGCUGGGAGAAUCAUUGGGUCUAUUGGGCCGGGCCUUUGAUUGGUGGUGGGCUUGCUGGACUUGUCUACGACUUCAUAUUCAUCGACCAGAGUCAUGAGCAAUUGCCAACAGUUGAAUAUUAAGCUGUGAACAAUGGAGUGGAUUGUCCGACGGAUUUUCUGCUGUGUAUUUGUUUGCUUUGAUGGCGUUUUCUUGUGUUUAGUUUUUAACCGUUGAUCAUUCCUUUGUUUUGUGAUCAUUGGAGUUUGGGUAGCCUAGGAUGCUUGUGUUGUGUGUGGUUCUUAGGUGGGGUCCAUGAUUUGGUUAUAUUUAUUCCCCCUGUUUGUCUGAUUCAACUUUCCAGCUCUUCUUCACAGUAAAUUUCAAUUCCUUUUCUUUUCAUUCCCAUUUUGUAUUUUGUAUUUUACUUUUUUUUUUUUU